AUCAAUGUCGAAAAGCAAGUACUAUUGUUCAUUUGGUUUAUGGCGAAUUGUGAAACGCAUCGACAAAUUUCAAAUAGGUUUAAUGUGGCAGAAAGCACUAGUCACGCCAUUGUAGAAAACUGUCUACUGGCAUUUAACGAAAUAGCUGGGAAGCUUAUUGUAUGGCCUUUGGGACAAACUGCAUUAAAUAAUGUAAAACAGUUUGAUAGGCUUCGUGGAGAUGAUUCUUUUCCUAAUGUUGUUGGAUGUAUUGAUGGUUGUCAUGUGAAUAUACUAUAUCCGUGGGAAAAAAGAACUAAGAUGCACAAACUUGACAGAAAUAUGUUCUGUAAUAGGAAGCAAGUGCCUAGUAUAAUAUUACAGGGAAUUGUUGAUGCCACUUUAAUGUUCAUUGAUAUAUUUGCUGGUUGGCCUGGUCGUUCUCACGAUGCACGAGUAUACCGUUGUAGUAAAAUUGGCCAAAAAAUAAUUAACGAUCCUGAAUCUGUUUUGCCACCAUCAUGCCAUAUUAUUGGAGAUGGUGCAUAUCCAUUAACAGAAGGCUUGAUGAUACCCUUUAAGGAUAAUGGACGUUUGACAAGGCAACAAAAAAUAUUUAAUAAAAAAUUAAGUAGUAGUCGGAUAUUGAUAGAACAAGCAUUUGGGAAAUUAAUAGGAAGGUUCAGAAAAUUAAAACAUAUGGAUAUAUAUAAAAAAGAUUUUUGUGGUAAAAUUGUUACUGCGGCAUGUUGUUUACAUAAUGUUUGUAUGUCGGUGAAGGACAAUUUUGAUUGUGAUCCAAUAUCAACAGAAAUUGAUUUUCUGGAAUCCAAUGAAGAAGAAGCUAUAAGUGGUUUAGAAAAACGCAAUAUGUUAUGUAAUUUAUUAGCAAUCUAA